UUGACUAUUCCGUGUCAUUUUCCCGAUGAAUUGGUGAGCUCUCGCUCGCUGGUGCUCCGUCAUUGCCUCGCGAGCAGGCGGCCGGUGGCAGCUCGAGGGCGAAACGCGGACCGAUCCGGUGGAGUGGACUUUUAUGUAGCUUCACCCAUGCUAACCGGACCUCCAUCGUGUCGGAAGAAGACCGCAGUGAUGCUUUUAUUAUCACAUUAAGUCGACGACGACGACGAGCUGUUAACGUGACGAGGAAGAAAGGAGCCCAGCUCGCCAAGUUUUGUAACACCGGAAUCCAGUAUAUGUUUCAAAAUGGCUGUCGUGCGACAGUUUGGACUCCUGGUGUGGAAAAAUUAUCUUCACCAGAAACGUCAGAUCCUGGUAACCCUGGUGGAGAUCCUCCUGCCCCUGCUGUUCUCCGGCAUCCUCAUCGUGCUGCGUCAGAAGGUGCCGUUCAAGGACUACCCCAACGCCACCGUCUAUGAGAGCUACUCGGUGGACACGCUGCCCAGAAGCUUCCUGAGACGCUUGCACUUGGCCUACGUGCCGGCCAACUCCAGCGUGGUGCGGCAGGUGGCGGAGGACGUGCGAGUCAACCUGGCCUUGGCCUCAGUGCACGGCUUCGAGACGGAGCAGCACUUUGAGGACUACGUGAGAACGGACCCUCUGUCGGGAAGGCUUCUGGCGGCCGUGGUGUUUGACCAACCGUGUUGCCACGACGACGAGCCGCUGCCCCUUCAGGUCAGCUACCACCUGCGCUUCACCUUCACCCCUCGCAACGCCCCCCCCAAAGAGAAGUCGGAGCUGGACCCCAACAGCGACUUGGACUGGCACACGCUCAGCCUCUUUCCUCUCUUUCUGCUCCCGGGCCCUCGAGAACAGUAUGACAAGGAGGGGGGCACGCCUGGUUAUUUUCGGGAGGGAUUCCUGGCCGUGCAGCACGCGGUGGAUAAAGCCAUCAUGCGCUCGUACAACAGAAGUGCCGCCGCCACCCUGCUGGGACAGACCCGAGUGGUGCUGUCCCGGUUCCCUUACCCCGCCUUCAUAUACGACGUCUUCAUCCUGGCUAUUCAGAACCAGCUGCCCCUCUUGCUGGUGCUCAGCUUCACCUACACGUCCCUCAACAUAGUCCGAGCCGUGGUGCAGGAGAAGGAGAGGAAGCUGAAGGAGUACAUGAGGAUGAUGGGACUCAGCAACUGGCUCCACUGGACUGCUUGGUUCCUCAUGUUCUUCCUGUUCCUCUCCAUCUCCGUCUUUUUUGUCACUUUGCUCCUUUGCAUCAAGGUGAGCCCAAACGGAGCGGUGCUGAGCUACAGCGACCCCACGCUGGUCUUUGUCUUUCUUCUCGUCUUCACUGUGGCCACCAUCAACUUCAGCUUCAUGAUCAGUGCCUUCUUUUCACGAGCCAACGUGGCAGCAGCAGCAGGGGGGUUCACCUAUUUCAUGAGCUACCUGCCUUAUUUGUUCCUGUGGCCGCGCUACGACUUACUCAGCCACGCCCAGAAGGUGUCGGCCUGCCUUAUCUCCAAUGUGGCCAUGGCCAUGGGGGCCCAGCUAAUAGGGAUGUUUGAAGGCAAAGGCACGGGGAUUCAGUGGUCGAACAUGUUUGAUUCUGUGACGGUGGAUGAUGACUUCUCGCUGGCCCAGGUGAUGGGUUUGCUGCUCUUUGACUCGGUUCUCUACGGCAUGGUGGCCUGGUACGUGGAGGCGGUGUUUCCUGGAGAGUACGGCGUGCCUCUGCCAUCCUACUUCUUCAUCCUGCCGUCCUACUGGUGCAGCAGCCCUCGCAUGGCGCUGCUGCAGGAGAAGGAGGAAGAGGAGGAUGCAGAAAAGGCCCUGAAGGGAGAAUUUAUAGAGGAGGAGCCCGGCGGGGUUGUCUCCGGGGUCAAGAUUAAACACCUUGCCAAGGAGUUCCGAGUAGGCAGCAAAACCCGCAAAGCUGUGCGAGAUCUGACGCUGAACAUGUUUGAGGGGCAGAUCACGGUGCUGCUGGGACACAACGGUGCCGGGAAGACCACCACGUUGUCAAUGUUGACAGGCUUGUUUCCGCCCACGAGUGGGAGGGCCUACAUCAACGGUUAUGACAUCUGUCAGGACAUGGCUCUGAUCCGACGCAGCCUCGGUCUCUGUCCCCAGCACGACGUCCUGUUCGAUAACCUGACCGUGAGAGAGCACCUGCUUUUCUACGCGCAGCUGAAAGGCUUCUCCAAGGAGAAGAUUCCAGAGGAGGUGGACAGAAUCAUCCGCAUCCUCCACCUUGAAGACAAGCGGCACGCUCGCUCUAAGACUCUGUCGGGUGGCAUGAAGAGAAAACUCUCCAUUGGCAUUGCCCUCAUCGGAGACUCCAAGGUGGUGAUGUUAGACGAGCCCACGUCAGGCAUGGACCCGUCGGCACGCCGUGCCACCUGGGAUCUUCUGCAGGGCGAGAAAAGCAGCCGCACCGUCCUGCUCACCACGCACUUCAUGGACGAGGCCGACCUGCUGGGAGACCGCAUCGCCAUCAUGGCCGGAGGAGAGCUGCAGUGCUGCGGCUCGCCGCUUUUCCUCAAGAACAAAUACGGUGCCGGCUACCACAUGGUGAUCGUCAAGGAGGCCGUCUGCAACGUGUCGGAGAUCACGCGCCUCGUUCACCUGUAUGUUCCUAACGCCACCAUGGAGAGCAGCGCGGGGGCCGAGCUGUCUUACAUCCUCCCGAAAGAAAGCACCAGCAGGUUUGAGCUUCUGUUUGCUGAGCUGGAGAUGAACAGAGAGGAGCUGGGCAUCGCCAGCUACGGAGCAUCAGUCACCACCAUGGAGGAGGUGUUUCUCAGAGUGGGAAAACUGGUGGACUCCAGUUUGGACAUCCAGGCAAUCCAACUGCCCGCCCUGCAGUAUCAACACGAGCGGCGCUCGCACGAUUGGACGACGGACGACGCCAGCAGCAUCAGCGGCAUGACCGACGUCACCGACUUCACCGACAGUGGCACUCUCAUCUCAGAGGACUGCUCCAACAUCAAACUCAACACCGGGGUCAGACUUCACCUGCAGCAGUUUCACGCCAUGUUCCUGAAGAGGGCGCUGUACAGCUGGAGGAACUGGAAGGUGAUGGUGGCCCAGUUUCUCAUUCCUUUGGUGUUCACCGUGGUGGCGUUAGUUGUGGCACGCACCCUUCCCAAUCACAAGAACGCUCCUCAGCUCGGCCUGGAGCUCGGCCGUUACGGCCCCACUCGGGUCCCUGUCGCUUUGCAAACGGAGGCCGGCCCCCUGGCCUCCGACUUGGCCGGAGCGUACAGUUUGCAGAUCCUGGAGCAGCUGGGCCAGCUUAUUAACAUCACAGACUUCACUGAUUACAUCCUGACCCAAGCUGAGGAAGAGGGCGGCAGCUUUAACGAGCGCUGUGUGGUGGGCGCCGCUUUCCGUGGCAGCAGCAGCCACUUUGCGGAGGCGACGGGCUACUUCAACAACGAGGCCUACCAUACGCCCGCCACGGCUCUCAUGAUGGUAGACAACGCUCUCUUUAAGCUACUGGCGGGGCCCAACGCCUCCAUCCACACGGGAAACUACCCCAUGCCGCGCAACCUGUCGGAGGUGGCCCAGGGCCAGCUUACUGAAGGAAAGACGGGCUUCAUCAUCGCCAUCAAUCUGAUGUACGGGAUGGCCUCCCUGUCCAGCACCUUCGCCCUCCUGCUAGUCACAGAGUCGGCUGUCAAGUCCAAGCACGUGCAGAAGGUCAGCGGCGUCUACCUGUCCAACUUCUGGUUCUCGGCGCUGCUGUGGGACCUGGUCAACUUCCUGUUGCCGUGUCUCCUCAUGCUGGUGGUGUUCCAGGCCUUCAGCGUGGACGCGUUUGUGAAGGACAGCCGCCUGCUGGACGUGCUGCUGCUGCUCCUGCUGUACGGCUGGGCCGUGGUGCCGCUCAUGUACCUGCUCAGCUUCCUCUUCUCGUCCGCCGCCACCGCGUACACCCGCCUCACCAUCUUCAACAUGAUCUCCGGUACCGCCACCUUCUUGGCCGUCACCAUCAUGACCAUACCAGAGUUAAACCUGAAGAACCUGUCCCGCCUCCUGGAUAAGGUCUUCUUGAUCUUCCCCAACUACUGUUUGGGCAUGUCUUUCUCCCAGUUUUACCAGAACUACGAAUUCAUCUCCUUUUGCACCACCAGCCCCGUCACCCAGACUAUCUGCAAGUACUUAAAUAUCACGUACCAAACAAACUACUUCUCCAUGUCGGAGCCCGGCGUGGGGCGCUUCCUGGUGGCCUUCUGCAUGCAAGGAACCGUCUUCAUCCUUUUGCUGUUCGUCAUCGAGCUGCAGUGUGUCCGCACUCUGCGGCGGUUCCUCUCCUCCCUUUGCAGGAGACAAAAGCGGUUGCCUUUUCUGGGCGAUGCAGCACUGCUGCCAGAGGACAGAGACGUAGCGGACGAGAGGAAGAGGGUUCUGGAGUGCCAGCCGAUGGUGGAGUCCAUGGUUGGGAGUCCCCUCAUUCUGCAAGAGCUCAGCAAGGUGUACAGCAGCGGCCAGACGCUCCUGGCUGUGGACCGUCUGUCCUUGGCUGUGGGGAAAGGAGAAUGUUUUGGGCUGCUGGGCUUUAAUGGCGCUGGAAAAAGCACCACCUUCAAGAUGCUGACCGGCGAUGAGAGCGUCACCUCCGGGGAUGCCUACAUCGAUGGCUACAGCAUCCUCAGAGACAUCAAGAAGGUUCAACAGCGUAUCGGAUACUGUCCUCAGUUUGACGCCGUGUUGGAUCACAUGACCGGGAGAGAAACUCUGAGCAUGUACGCCAGGCUCAGAGGAAUACCCGAGAAGUACGUGUCGGGCUGCGUGGAGAACGUCCUCAGGUCGCUGCUGCUGGAGCCGCACGCUGACAAGCUGGUGCGCAGCUACAGCGGGGGCAACAAGCGCAAGCUGAGCGCCGGCAUGGCUCUCAUCGGGGGCCCUCCCGUCAUCUUCUUGGACGAGCCGUCCACGGGGAUGGACCCCGUGGCCCGGAGGCUGCUGUGGGACGCUGUGACGCGCACGAGGGAGUCCGGCAAGGCCAUCGUCAUAACAUCCCACAGCAUGGAGGAGUGUGAGGCGCUGUGCACCAGACUGGCCGUCAUGGUCAACGGCCAGUUCAAGUGCCUCGGGAGUCCGCAGCACCUCAAGAGCAAGUUCGGCAGCGGCUACACGCUUCUGGCCAAAGUGCACACCGAGGCCGACUUGGAGGACGGCGACCUGCAGCUUUUUAAAGACUUCAUCCAAAACACCUUCCCAGGAAGCCAACUCAAGGAUGAACACCAGGGAAUGGUUCACUAUCAUCUCACUGACAGAACGCUUACCUGGGCACAGGUGUUUGGCACGUUGGAGGCGGCCAAGGAGAAGUACCGCAUCGAGGACUACUGCGUGAGCCAGAUCUCGCUGGAGCAGGUCUUCCUCAGCUUCGCUCAGUUCCAACACUGCACGGAGGGCAGGAGGAAGUAAGACACACGUUGCAACGCCCGUCCGUGCAUCCAUGGAACCUUACUCUCGUGCACGUGCGUGUGUGUGUACAUGGACUUGACAUUUCUGACCGUCCACUUCAGCUUGUGUUGCGUAACGGGGAAUGAUAGACGUAACGGCGGUGCUGCGCCUUUUUAUGAUGUUUUUUUAAUGUAGCCAGAUCAAAGGCGCCGACGCCACGCAUCGCUAGUGAGUUAGCAUCCAACUGUGUUUGUUUGUUAUUAUUAUUAUUUACACAGGCUUAUUUUAUGACCUUUGAAAGGAUAAAGAUCACCAAAAGAAAAACAAAGUAUGAUCGUUGCACACCUCUAAGCCUUAUCUAACACCUGACUUUUAUUUGAUUUUAACUUUAUAGCUCUAAUCUGACUUGUUGGCAGGGUCAUGUGAUGCCUUCAGGGCACUUGAGGCCGUAGCAUUUAAGGCAGUGGUGUCCAAGGUGGGGCCUGGGGGCCAUUUGCGGCCUGCAGCACAUUCUAAAAAUAUUAUCUAAACAAGAAAACUAAAACAAAAUAAUCAGCAGUAAUUUUACAAGAAUAAAGGCAUAAAUAUUAAGAAAAAAAGUUGCACUUUUAUGAGAAUAAUGUUCCAAUAUUAUUAGGAAAAUAACAUCAAUUUAGUAGCUGAACGUUGAAAUAGCAAAGAGGCUUAAAAAACCCAACCAAAAUAAGCUUGUUGAGAAAGUUAUGACGUUAUGAGAAUAAAGUCCAAAUAUUACGGCAAUAAUAAUUACAAGGAAAAAAAGAGGGGGGCAAAAACAGCAGAAAUUGAUGCUGUAGGGUUAUGGAAAACAAACAAAAAACAAAUAAGGAUAUCAUUUUUGGAUAAUUUGGUUGCAGAAAAAAAUCGAAUGAGUCAAAAUAUUAAAACAAUAAAGUCAUAAUUACAAGACAAUAAAAUUCUAAUUGGGAAAAAAAUGUCAGAAAUGAAAAAAAAACGGCCGUCAUUUUACAAGAAUAAAGUCAACAUCGGAAUGAGAAAAAAUGUUACAAGAAUAAUGUUGUAAUAUUAUGAGGGAAAAUAUUAUUAUUUUAGUAGCAGAGAGUUGAAACAUUAAAAAAAAAGUUAUUUUUCAAAGGUAAGUACUACUGUGAGAAACAAAACGAAAUAAAGUUGUCAUUUUUGGAAAAUAAGGCACUAAAAAGUUGUAAUAUGGAAAUAAAGUGUAAAUAUGAUGGAGGUGGAGUCAAUAUUAUGAAGAGUACAUGUGAAAAAAAGAGGAAAGAGUGAAGCUGAAAGUAAUACCAGGAGUUUUCGCCUACUGGAUACGACAAAGCUGGACAAAAAAAAAGUCCCUUUUUAGCCGUCAUAAAGUGGCAUGCUUUGAUGUUUGACGACACCCCUGGUUGUUCCACGGGACGUAGCAAAAGCCUCUUCAAUUCCAUCCGCUUUUAUUUCCAAAUGUUUUGUCCUUUAAAAACAACAUAGUGUGGCUUUUGUGCAAAACAAAAAGCCAAAAAAGGUUAGCGUCAGCAGAAUAGAAUCCUCCGCUGACGUCUCACGGCUUGGACGACACAACAGCCUUGAUGCGCUUUCUUCCUCGAUGCCUUGUUUGCUUUUGUUGCCUUUUUAAUCCCAGCGGAGAGAGAGCGUUCCCAAAAGACGCAGAAAGAUAAGGUUGCUUUUUUUGCUGUAUGGCGUCCUUAUCACUCAGUCAAUCGUUAUCAACGCCGUCCGUCUUGAUGCGACAUGAAUGUAUUUAUCCAGCAAAAACAUGAAUCCCAGCAUGAGACGCUUAGCACAGCUUCAGGACUGACAUUCCCGCCGAGACCGUCUGACAUGUUUCACCUGGCGUUUUGCUUACAUGAUGUUCAUUUUCCACUGUAUUUUUGCACACGUUGUUUUAUGCACAACCUGAAUGAAAGUUUCAGGCGGUGGAGAGUACAAGUAUGUGUACACGUGCAGUACACAUGCUGCACAUGGACCAAACAUGCUGUACCCUAUCCAAGCACGCUCACACCUACUAACAUACAGGAAGGGAAGUCAUAUCAUCUCUAAUGUUGUUACACUAUGUAUGGCACUAUAUGGAUGUGUAUGUAUAUACUGGAUGGAUGGAUGGAUGGAUGGAUGGAUGGAUGGAUGGACCGUCCACACCUUUUACAUUAAAUCAUACAAAAUGCAAGCAAACACGCUGCCUUUUCUUUGGACACACACACACACACACACGCGCACACACACACACACACACACACACACACAUCAGUAUUAUAGAAUUUAUAGAAUUGAAUGUAUUAAAAUAAACAUGAAGUAUUUUAUCAGCUUGAAUUAUUACUUAUUAGAAG